AAUAUAAUCUAACCCUCUUGCACUGCCAAUUUGCCAACUAUAAGCAGCCUCAGGCCUAUCAAGGUGGGUAGCAUGGGUAAACCUCGAAGGUCGCAGGUUUUUGGGUUAUCUUUUCUUUUCUUUUCUUUUCUCUCUUCAUUAUCCACAUCUUCUUUCGCAUUGUCUGAUGCUGAAGCAUCAUACCUCAGUCAACGUCAACUCUUAACCCUCCCUGAAAAUGGUGAACUUCCUGAUGGUUUUGAGUUUCAAGUUCAAAUAAACUUAAAAUUUGAUAAUUCUAGGCUGAGGAGGGCUUACAUUGCCCUCCAAGCCUGGAAAAAGGCAAUGUAUUCUGAUCCGAAGAACAUAACCAACAAUUGGGUUGGUCCUAAUGUAUGUGGCUACUCCGGUGUCUUUUGCGCUCAAGCAUUGGAUGACCCAAAAAUAAAAGUUGUUGCUGGUGUUGAUCUUAAUCAUGCUGACAUUGCCGGAUACCUUCCGGCAGAGCUGGGGUUGAUGAGCGAUCUUGCAUUGUUCCACAUAAAUUCCAACAGAUUUUGUGGGAUUAUACCCAAUAGCUUCUCUGAGCUUACGCUUAUGCAUGAGUUUGAUGUUAGCAACAAUCGGUUCGUCGGCCCUUUCCCGAAUGUUACAUUAUCCUGGUCGAGUGUCAGGUACAUCGACAUCAGAUUCAACAAUUUUGAAGGCCAAAUACCGCCUGAGCUUUUCGAAAUGAAACUCGACGCAUUGUUCUUAAAUAACAAUAGGUUCACUUCGACCAUUCCCGAAACAAUCGGCCAAUCCACAGUCUCUGUGGUGACAUUUGCCAACAACAAAUUCAAAGGUUGUAUUCCACAUAGCAUUGGCAAAAUGGAGAACUUGGAUGAGAUUAUUUUCAUGAACAAUGACCUGGGCGGUUGCUUCCCACUGGAAGUUGGUUCGCUUAAGAACCUGACUGUGUUCGACGCCAGCUUUAACUCAUUCGUCGGUGCUUUGCCACAAGAGCUUUCAAACUUGAUAGGGGUUAAUGUUUUGGACAUUUCCCAUAACAAGUUGACAGGUGUUUUGCCUGAGAAUAUUUGUAAGUUGCCAAGCUUGUCUAAUUUCUCAUUCUCUCAAAACUACUUUAAUGGAGCGGCCAAUGCUUGUGUACCAACUUCGAGGAAAGACAUCGUAUUGGAUGACACUGGCAAUUGUUUGGGUGAUAGGCCGAACCAGAAGUUAGGCAAUGAAUGCGAAGCCGUUUUGAGCCAUCCAAUUGAUUGUAGUAAAGACAAAUGUGGUGGUGGCUCUUCACCUAAGCCACCCGUCAAAGCUCCUCCAAAGCCACAGCCAAAACCUCCCGUUCACUCACCACCACCACAAGUUCUCUCCCCUCCACCACCCGUCUACUCACCACCACCACAACCUGUUCGCUCCCCUCCACCUCCACCAGUUCAAUCACCACCACCACCGGUUCACUCCCCUCCACCUCCACCAGUUCAAUCACCACCACCACCAGUUCGCUCCCCUCCACCACCCGUCUACUCUCCACCUCCACCAGUUCAAUCUCCACCACCACCAGUUCUCUCCCCUCCACCACCCGUCUCCUUUCCACCUCCACCAGUUCAAUCUCCACCACCACCAGUUCUCUCCCCUCCACCACCCGUCUCCUUCCCACCUCCACCAGUUCAAUCACCACCACCCGUCUACUCUCCACAUCCACCAGUUCAAUCACAACCACCACCAACUUCACCUCCAGUUGUUGCUUUGACACUGCCACCUACAAAAAAAGUAGUCCUCCCUCCAAACUUGGGAUUCCAAUACUCAUCGCCACCUCCACCAAUGUUCCCAGGCUACUGAGUACUACAACCUUGAUAAUGUAUAAGAAAAUGAAAGAAAAGAAAAGAUAAUUGCGCAUGCAUUUCAUUCCCAAUACAAUUGUAACAUAAUUGGUAGAGAGGUCACUUAUAUGUAUUUAAUGCCAUACUUAGGGUAUGCCAUAUUACAAUAAUAUGAAAUCAAGUGUUUCACCAUUUUACCCUUAAUUUCAUAUUACCUUUAAAUAUAAAGCAAUUAUUUUUCUUUUGAA